UAACACUUCUCGCUGUCAUCUCUCUCCCUCUCUCUCGAUAAAUGUGAAUGUUUGAGCUUGCAAAAUCGUUAGAGAGAGAAAGAAAGAGAUCGUUACUCUGAUACAGAGAGAGAAACAGAGAGAGAGAGAGAGAGAGAGAGAGAGAGAGUCAGUCGAGGUGAGGAAAAGAGAUGGAGCUUUUACGGUUCAGAAGGGAAUAUACCGAGCAAAGCAACAGUGUCCACAUCCCUUUUCUAUCUGGUUAGAUUGAGAUUCCGAGGAGUCUGGAAGACUAAUUGGGUUCUUGGGGUUUGAAGCUAGUGGUGUGGUGGUCCAAAGAUUCCAAACAGGAUGAGAUAAAAAAAAAAAAAAAGAAAAAAAAGAAAAAAAAAAGGAGAUACUCUGUUUAUUCUGUAAUCCUAUAGGUCUUUUGAUUUCUGAAUUUGAAGAAGAGGGAAAAGUAAGUUCAUUUCUCAAGUAUAAAAAGUGUAAGAUCAAAUACAGGGAGUCAAUAUGAGUACAUUAGUUCGGUCUCUCCGCAAAGUACGAACUGCUAUAUGGCUUCAAGAAGGUGGCAGUUUCCUGAGUUCUUUAGCGAGGGGACAAAAACCUUUUCUCAAUUCAGUUCCUGUCAAUGUAUAUCGGCCACUGUACAAUAAUGGAAUUGAUAUAUACAAGCAUCACAUAAUUAUCUCAAGAGCUCAGCACAGCCCUGCUGUUAAAGAUACUAGUGGAGAUGCUGGACGAGCAGGUCCUCUUGUGGAGUAUGAGCGAAGAAUUGCUGCUCAGGAACUUGUAGAUGGUGACCUCUGCCAGGUUGUUACCUUAAAAGAGCUUCAAAGACUGUACGACGAUCUUGUUCAGUCUGCUGAUGCCUGUCGAUUGGAUCGGUAUGCUGCUUCUGAUAAAGCUGGGAGGAGUAGGUGGUUGUGGACCCGUUUCAGACCACAGUAUUCUUACUCACCUGUCAAAGGACUUUACCUCUUUGGAGGAGUGGGCACCGGAAAAACUAUGCUAAUGGAUUUGUUUUUUGACCAAUUGCCAUCUAAUUGGAGGAAGAAGCGAAUUCAUUUCCAUGACUUCAUGUUGAAUGUCCAUAGCCGCCUGCAAAGGCACAAGGGUGUUGCAGACCCACUUGAGGUUGUUGCAGGAGAGAUAUCAGAUGAGUCAAUUUUGUUAUGUCUUGACGAAUUUAUGGUGACUGAUGUUGCCGAUGCAUUGAUAUUAAACCGCCUCUUUAGACAUCUAUUCGGCAAUUCUGUUAUUCUUGUCGCUACUUCAAAUCGUGCUCCAGAUAACCUGUAUGAAGGUGGAUUGCAGAGAGCUCUUUUCUUACCAUUCAUAGCUACUCUGAAGGAAAGAUGUAUGGUUCACGAAAUCGAUUCUUCUGUGGAUUAUAGGAAAAUGACAUCUGCCGAACAAGGCUUCUAUUUUGUUGGAGAAGAGUUGUCGGGCUUUCUUAAACAAAAGUUUGAGCAGUUAAUGGGGGACCAUUCUGCCCAUCCACAAGAGGUGGAAGUUGUUAUGGGAAGGACAUUGCAGGUACCACUGGGAGCUAAUGGAUGUGCAUAUUUUCCUUUUGAAGAUCUCUGUGACAGACCUCUUGGGGCUGCAGACUAUUUUGGAUUGUUCAAAAAAUUCCAUACAUUGGCAUUGGAAGGUGUGCCGAUUUUUGGACUCCACAACAGGACAGCAGCAUACCGUUUUGUCACUCUAAUUGAUGUGAUGUAUGAAAACAAGGCCAGACUUCAAUGUACAGCUGAGGCGACUCCCUUUGAACUGUUUGAAAGAAUUGUUUCUGUCUCUGAUGCCAAUCACAUGGCACCCAGAACUUCUUCAAGAUCAAAGAAAAAUGAUGAUUUCGACCUUUGUGUAGACAAUGAAUUGGCAUUUGCAAAAGAUCGGACCAUCAGUAGAUUAACAGAGAUGAAUAGCAGAGAGUACUUAGAGCAACAUGCUGCCACAUUGACAGCGAGAAGCAAAUCUCAGUAGAAGCUACCAAAGAGGAUGUUAUUCAAUACUGAUACCAAGGAUUAUAACCCUGGGGUAUCCCAAGUGAUUCAUUUUCAUUGACAAUACUCAGUUAGAGGAUGAAAGCAUCACUCAGAGGAGAUGAUUCUUGUCCUGAAUAAGAUAUGAUUCCGGUAGCCUUGUCUGACCGAGGUGAUGCAUACUCUUAAUAAGAUUGUCAAAGUAACAGAUUAGUUGCCACUUGACAGUUAGGGUCAGCUUGGUAGAUAUCCCAUCCAGAUGGAUGUAUUGUUAGAACUGGUUUGCCAUUGGAAUAAGAAAUUGAGGCAAGACCAUGCCAUAACAAAUUGUGUAAAACACACCUGAGGUACCAAAUGUUUAUGUAAAUUAGCUUUAUGGUACCUAAUGUUUUAAAAAUUACAUUUGAGAUAUCCAAGCACAAUUGAUGUUAA